UUGUUCACUGAGCAUGAUUUUCAGGGUUGUUGAGUGCCCGUUGCAGGUACCAUGUCUGACUCGGUGAUUCUGCGCAGUGUGAGGAAGUUUGGAGAGGAGAAUCAUGCUUUUGAACCGGAUGCGUCAUAUAACAAUGAUAAGAAAUCAAGGUUACAAGAUGAGAAGAAGAAAAGUGAAGCCACUCAAGUUGGCUUCUUUGAACUGUUUCGAUUUUCUUCAUCGACCGACAUCUGGCUGAUGCUUAUGGGAAGCGUGUGUGCAAUGCUCCAUGGAGUGACGUAUCCAGGCAUGCUUAUUAUUUUUGGUAUAAUGACAGAUAUUUUUGUUGAGUAUGACACCGAAAGACAAGAGCUCAAGAUUCCAGGAAAAGUGUGCAUGAACAACACCAUUGUGUGGAUCAAUAGCUCCUUCAACCAGAACAUGACAAAUGGAACACGCUGUGGCUUGGUGGACAUUGAAGAUGAAAUGACCAAGUUCUCUGCCAUCUAUGCAGGAGUCGGCCUGGCUGUCCUUAUCCUAGGAUACAUGCAAAUAAAGUUCUGGGUCAUCGCUGGGGCUCGUCAGAUUAAGAAAAUGAGGAAAAUUUACUUUCGGAGAAUAAUGAGAAUGGAAAUUGGAUGGUUUGACUGCACUUCUGUGGGAGAACUGAAUUCAAGAUUCUCUGAUGAUAUUAAUAAAAUCAGUGAAGCCAUUGCUGACCAGUUGGCCCUUUUCAUCCAGCGAAUGACGACGGCUCUCUGCGGGUUCCUCAUAGGGUUCUACACGGGUUGGAAACUGACCUUGGUUAUUCUCGCUGUCAGCCCUCUCAUUGGGCUUGGGGCAGCCAUCAUAGGUCUGAGUGUGUCCAAGUUCACAGAGCUUGAGUUGAGGGCGUAUGCCAAGGCAGGGUCUGUUGCUGAUGAAGUCCUUUCAUCUAUUCGAACAGUGGCUGCUUUUGGUGGUGAGAAUAAAGAGGUUGAAAGGUAUGAGAAAAAUCUUGUGUUUGCCCAGCGCUGGGGAAUUAGAAAGGGAAUGGUGAUGGGAUUCUUUACUGGAUACACAUGGUGCCUCAUCUUCCUUUGUUAUGCGCUGGCCUUCUGGUAUGGCUCCACACUCGUCCUUGAUGAAGACUAUACACCAGGGAUGAUGGUCCAGAUUUUUCUCUGUGUCAUACUAGCAGCUAUAAAUAUUGGCCAUGCGUCUUCUUCCUUGGAGUUCUUUGCCACUGGGCGUUCAGCUGCUGCCAGUAUUUUUCAAACAAUAAACAGGCAACCCACCAUUGACUGCAUGUCAGAAGAGGGUUACAAGCUGGACCGAAUCAAGGGUGAAAUUGAAUUCCACAAUGUGACCUUCCACUAUCCUUCUAGACCAGAAGUGAAGAUUUUAAAUAAUCUCAGCAUGGUCAUCAAACCGGGGAAAAUGACAGCUGUGGUAGGCUCCAGUGGGUCUGGGAAGAGCACAGCCCUACAGCUCAUUCAGAGAUUCUAUGACCCCACUGAAGGCAUGGUGACACUGGAUGGCCAUGACAUUCGCUCUCUUAACAUCCGGUGGCUGAGGGAUCAAAUUGGCAUAGUAGAACAGGAGCCAGUUCUGUUCUCAACCACUAUCGCAGAGAAUAUUCGUUAUGGCAGAGAAGAUGCGACAAUGGAAGACAUAGUCCAAGCUGCCAAGGAGGCCAAUGCCUACAACUUCAUUAUGGCCCUGCCACAGCAAUUUGACACCCUUGUUGGAGAAGGAGGAGGCCAGAUGAGUGGUGGUCAGAAACAAAGGGUGGCCAUUGCUCGAGCCCUCAUACGGAAUCCCAAGAUCCUACUUUUGGACAUGGCUACCUCAGCACUGGACAAUGAGAGUGAAGCCAGAGUACAAGGAGCAUUGAAUAAGAUUCAACAUGAGCACACAAUCAUCUCAGUUUCCCAUCGCCUAUCAACAGUCAGAGCUGCAAAUAUGAUCAUUGGUUUUGAACAUGGAGCAGCUGUGGAAAAAGGCACCCACGAAGAGCUAUUAGAGAGAAAAGGUGUCUACUUCAUGCUUGUCACCCUACAAAGCCAAGGAGAUGAAGCCCACAAAGAAAUGGGAGUAAAGGGAAAAGACGCAACCGAGGGUGGCACACUUGAGAGAAGUUUUACCAGAGGGAGCUACCGGGAGAGUUUAAGAGCUUCCAUCCGGCAACGCUCCAAGUCUCAGAUUUCUCUUCUGGCACACGAAUCUCCACUGGCUAUUGCUGAUCACAAAUCUGCUUACGAAGACAGCAAGGACAAGGACGGGCUUGUGGAAGAGGUAGAACCUGCCCCAGUUAGAAGGAUUCUGAAAUUCAACCUUCCUGAAUGGCACUACACGCUGGUAGGAGCUGUGAGUGCAGCAGUUAACGGGGCCAUCACACCCAUCUACUCCUUUUUGUUCAGCCAGAUCCUAGGGACUUUUUCACUACCCGACAAAGAAGAACAAAGGACAGAGAUUUACAACAUGUGUGUAUUUUUUGUCAUCCUGGGCUGUGUAUCCAUUUUCACACAGUUUCUGCAGGGUUACACUUUUGCCAAAUCUGGGGAACUCCUCACAAAGAGGCUGCGUAAAUUUGGUUUCAAGGCAAUGUUAGGGCAAGACAUCGGCUGGUUUGAUGAUCUGAGAAAUAACCCUGGAGUGCUAACAACUAGGCUCGCUGCAGAUGCCUCCCAGGUUCAAGGGGCUGCUGGCUCUCAAGUUGGGAUGAUGGUCAAUUCCAUCACUAACAUCAUUGUGGCCAUGAUCAUUGCAUUCUUGUUCAGCUGGAAGCUCAGCCUCGUUGUAGCAUGCUUCUUCCCCUUCUUGGCUUUGUCAGGAGCCUUACAGACAAAAAUGUUGACAGAAUUUGCAUCUCAAGACAAGCAAGCUCUGGAGAAGGCUGGCCAGAUCACCAGUGAAGCCCUUGGCAGCAUCCGCACAGUUGCUGGAAUUGGAGUGGAGAGGAGAUUUAUUAAAGAAUUUGAGGUCGAGCUGGAACUGUCAUACCGGACAGCUGUUAGAAAGGCAAAUAUCUAUGGGCUCUGCUAUGCAUUUUCCCAGGGGUUAUCAUAUCUUGCAAACUCUUCUGCCUAUAGAUACGGAGGUUAUUUAAUGGCCCAGGAAGAGCUGCAUUUCAGCUAUGUUUUCAGGGUGAUCUCUUCAGUUAUAAUGAGUGCAACAGCUGUUGGAAGAGCAUUUUCUUACACCCCAAGCUACGCCAAAGCUAAAAUAUCAGCUGCACGCUUUUUUCAACUGCUAGACCGAAAACCUCCAAUUAAUGUAUACAGUGGAGCAGGGGAAAAAUGGGACAACUUCCAAGGGAAGAUUGAUUUUAUUGACUGUAAAUUUACAUAUCCUUCUCGGCCUGACACCUCAGUUCUGAAUGGUCUCUCAGUGUCUGUGAACCCGGGACAGACACUAGCGUUUGUUGGAAGCAGUGGGUGUGGCAAGAGCACCAGCAUUCAGCUGUUGGAACGGUUCUAUGACCCUGAUCAGGGGAAGGUGAUGAUAGAUGGUCGUGACAGCAAAAAAGUCAAUAUUCAGUUCCUCCGUUCAAACAUUGGGAUUGUCUCCCAGGAGCCAGUGCUGUUUGACUGUAGCAUAAUGGACAACAUCAAGUAUGGGGACAACACCAAAGAAAUCUCCACGGAGAGAGUCAUAGCUGCUGCAAAGCAGGCUCAGCUGCAUGACUUCAUCAUGGCACUCCCGGAGAAAUAUGAAACUACUGUUGGGACCCAGGGCUCUAAACUCUCUCGAGGGGAAAAACAGCGCAUUGCUAUUGCUCGGGCCAUUGUACGAGAUCCUAAAAUCUUGCUGCUAGAUGAAGCCACAUCUGCCCUGGACACAGAAAGUGAAAAGACAGUGCAGAUUGCUCUGGACAAAGCCAGAGAGGGUCGGACCUGUAUUGUCAUUGCCCAUCGCUUGUCUACCAUUCAGAACUCAGACAUCAUCGCUGUCAUGUCACAAGGAGUGGUAAUUGAAAAGGGGACCCAUGAGGAACUGAUGGCUCAGAAGGGAGCCUACUACAAGCUGGUCAUCACUGGAGCCCCCAUCAGUUGACCCGGCUGGAGACCUUCACACACCAAUAAUGAUGCAUUGAGUACAGGAGGGAUGGGAGUUGUGGCUAAACAGAGAACUAUUAAUGCUUUAUAGACAUAGUCAUCCACUGGGAU